UUCCAGAUCGCUGUAACUGUCUUUUUACGCAUCACGGUAUCACUGUUUAUUGUUGCUUAGCAUCUGUGACGUCACAGAAGAACUCCGAAACUUUCAGACAUUCGCUGAAGUUUGUGCGAGUAAGUUGAUUAUUGAGGUUGCUCUGAUCAGGAGAGAAAAUGGGUACAAUUCGCGCUGAUGUAGUGCAUUUUCCACUGCGCCCCCUGUUGUACACGGCCGUAGCUGCAUCCACGGCAGCUGGCAUUUACUAUUAUGUUAAACGACGCAGUCGAGAGAAAACAACAGCGGGCCCCGAGGACACAACUGAAGAUUCAGUGUGUGACCAGGCCACGGAACCAGCUGUGGUCCAACCCACAGAGGUUCCUCAGGACCAGGUCACGGAUACUGUGACGAUUCUGACCCUUGUGGUGUCCAAUAUUCAGCUGCAGAACAGAGUGAAUGAGCUGGAGGAACUGCUCUGUGAGGAAUGCAGAGAUUGUGACAUGAAAAGCAAGGUCUCCCUGGCUGAAGCAGAUUUGAAGUUCAAGAAGGCUGUGGAGAACAUUGCUCAGCUGAAUGUGGUGAAGUCUGACCUGAAAAACCAGGUUCAGACACUGCAAGGAACAGCGCAUAACAUGGAGCACCUGCUAACUAAGAUUCGCUUGGUGUUUGAUGAGCUAGAGAACGAGUGUGAGAAAGUGCAGGAGGAGAACAAACAGAUGAAGGAGAAGUUAAAACUCUGUGAAGACUUACUGAUGGGGUAUGAGAAAGUGGUGGAGGAGAACAAAGAGAUGAAGGAGAAGUUAAAACUCUGUGAAGACAUUCUGAUGGAGUGUGAGCAAGAGCACAAGGCAGAGAAAAAUGAGCGGAAGGAGACACUGAUUCACAAGGAGGAGUUACUAAAGGUCUCACUGGCUGAAGCUGAGGAGAAACACCAGAAGGCCGUGGAGACCAUUGCUCAGCUAGAGGUGGAGAAAUCUGACCUGAAAAACCAGGUGGAGACACUGCACGGAAUAGUGAAGGACAUGGGGAACCUGCUGUCUAAGAGUGAAAAGGAGUGUGAUGAGCUAACAACAGCGCGUGCGGAAGAGCGGGAAGCUCACAGCUUCCUUCAGUCUGAGUAUGAUAAGAUGAAGAAGACUCUGAUGCACAUGGAGGAAUUACCAAAGAAACAUUGCAUACCUCUUGGAUCCAAGGAGACGACAAGUAUUGAGACAGAAGGCUGUGAGAACAGAAAUGGAUCCCCAGCAGAAACAACAUGAUGCAGAGGCCUGCACUGUUUCGCAGUUUUACAGCUAGGUAUAAAAGAGGACACCGCGCCUGGUGAGAUUUGGAGAAACCGAGCUCCUGUCAUCCACCACCAGGCGCUUCUCCAAAGCUCGUGCGAAACCGACCAAUCAGAAGUUAUGCAGCUGACUAGUACACGCCCACCACUGGUUCAGGAACAUACCAUUCUGCCCAGAACAGAGGACUGACUUCUAGCGUGUUCUGGAUCAUUCCUCUCUUCCUCCACUACUUGAUCCGCUUCUCUGAUACCAAAAUAUAAUGUAGCGUAAUUAAGCUUUCUUAAAAUGGGCAACAAAUAAGAAAUAAAACAGAAAUAGUGUAGAAACAAACUGAUCUGUAGACCUGAGAGUGAAUUAGAGUGUUUUGGUAAAACAAGGCUAUAGUUGUUCCUAUAAAUAUAUUCACUUUUAAUUAAAUAACAGUGUCUGUAUCCAAUGCAUACAAUAUCACGGUGGUGAUGAAAUUCACAUCUAUGAGGAACGGUCUGUAUCUCAUCCACCUUUCUGUACAAUAUGAAGAGAUGAUCUGAAAGUAGAUAUCACUAAUAAUCUGCCCUCAACACAUGUACAUGAGUAACUGUGUAAAAUAACUGCAUUUGGUGAUAAAAGAAUCUGAGUAGAUUAAUCAUUACUGUGAUAAAGUCAUC